UCAUUACGCCGAUCACGUCAAGAGAGAACACAACCUCAAGUGAUUGCCACCAUGUUUACUUAGAUUACUCGUCGUUAAUCUGUUUUUUAACUAGUGGAAAUUCACCAAUUUAAAGAUAUUUCAUUUGUAUUUAGAACGAAGAGUUACCUUUCCUUCACGCCGUCGUACAAGCCGUUCUGUUUUCUGAUAUUCUGCAGAUACCAAAAUAUAGCAACAAAAACUGAAAAUGCUUUUCCUGGGGCUCGACUGGAUUUCGAGAAUUUCCAUUUUCACAUCUUUCUUGAUCGCUAUUUCCAUCGGCCAUUCGCACACGUCUGACUCCACAAUCUUUACUGAUCAAUGGGCGGUACAUGUCAUCGGUGGGGAUAGCGUGGCGGAUGCCAUUGCUGCAAAACAUGGUUUCAGAAAUUUGGGAAAGAUUUUCGACGAUUAUUAUCAUUUCACACAUCGCAAGGUUGCCAAAAGAUCAACGCACUCAAGUUCAAAUCAUCAUUCGUUACUUACUAGCGAAGCAGAGGUUCAAUGGGCACAGCAACAAGUGGCAAAACGACGUGUCAAACGAAAUGAACGAUCGAUUCGUUCUGUCAGUCUUAACGAUCCUGGAUGGAGACAAAUGUGGUAUUUGAACCGAGGAAACGGACUUGAUAUGAACGUACAAGAAGCUUGGGCAGAAGGCAUAACCGGAAAGGGCUCAGUCGUCACUAUUUUAGACGAUGGAUUGGAAAAGGACCAUCCAGAUAUUAUCCGGAAUUAUGAUCCCAUGGCCAGCUUUGACGUCAAUGAUCACGACGAUGAUCCAUCACCUCGAUAUGAUGCCACCGAUUCCAACAGGCACGGUACUCGGUGUGCUGGUGAGGUCGCUGCACAGGGCAACAAUUCGAUUUGCGCUGUUGGAAUUGCAUUUAAUGCCAACAUUGGCGGUAUCAGAAUGUUGGAUGGUGAAGUGACUGACGCAGUUGAAGCCCAUUCUCUCAGCCACAACUCGCAGCACAUUGACAUCUACAGCGCUUCGUGGGGUCCUGACGACGAUGGCAAAACAGUAGAUGGUCCUGGCGAGUUGGCCACUCGAGCUUUUUUAGAAGGGAUCCGGAAAGGUCGUAAUGGAAAAGGAUCAAUUUUCGUGUGGGCGUCAGGAAAUGGCGGCAAAGAACGCGACAAUUGCAAUUGUGAUGGUUACACCAACUCAAUUUGGACGUUGAGCAUAAGUAGUGCGACAGAGAACGGAGCCGUGCCAUGGUAUUCUGAAGCCUGUUCUAGCACAUUAGCUACAGCCUACAGCAGUGGGGCCGCCGACGAAAAACAGAUUGUUACGACAGACUUGCAUCAUUCAUGCACACCUAGUCAUACAGGUACAUCAGCCGCAGCACCACUAGCUGCAGGUAUCUGUGCUCUUACGCUUGAAGCCAAUCGAAAUUUGAACUGGCGCGACAUGCAACAUAUUGUCGUUCGCACGGCUAAACCCGACCACCUUAUUGCUCAUGAUUGGCAGGUUAAUGGAGUUGGUCGAAAUGUUAGCCAUUCAUUUGGUUACGGGCUCAUGGACGCGGGAGCAAUGGUCCGCCUAGCACGGGUCUGGAAAAGUGUUCCUCCACAACAGUUUUGCGAAAUUAAGGCCGCUGAUACCAACACGAUAAUCGCAGCCAAAAGCUUGAGCAAACUGCAUUUAUUUUUGCGAGAGUGUGGAAAUGUCAACGUUAUAGAGCAUCUUCAGGUAUUGAUUUCGCUAUCUUCGGCGAAUCGAGGAGAGAUUCAAAUUUUCCUAACGUCUCCUUCAGGAACUCGUUCAACGCUUCUUCAGCGUCGCCCUUUAGACAAUUCUCGUAACGGAUUUCAUUCGUGGCCUUUCAUGUCGAUUCAUUUUUGGGGCGAAAGUCCUUUUGGCGUUUGGACCCUUGAGAUACAAAAUGAAGGCCGAUUUCCUGCGACAUUGAUAGGAUGGACUCUAAUAGCGUAUGGAACCAAGGAACACCCAGAGUCCCAAUUAUCAUCUGAUGACAUUCCCAUUCAACCACUGAAACAAUCGGUUGCUGAAUUCGUCGCAAAAGAUAGUCAAAUUCAGCAGCCUCUUCUAUCAUCCGGACUUAACGUGGAGAAAAACCGUGAAGCAGAAUUGCCCCAAGCUCUCUCAUUGACGACCGUUAGCAGAAGUCUUAGAGGGUGUGAAAGUGGUUCCUAUUUGUGGGAGGGCGAGUGCUUGGCAGUCUGUCCGAAUGCUUCACAUCCAAUGAAUCGCACCGAACUAAAUGGUCUCAUUAGCGGUGUAUGCGUUCCGUGCCACUAUUCUUGUCUUUACUGCAGAGGACCAAGUGAUUCUCAGUGCACUUCAUGCUAUCCUGAUUCACAGCUCAAGUUUGUUUCUAUACCAGGAUCCCAAAUAGAACCAGAAUCGCACUGUUAUCCGCAUGAACUCGUAAAGCAAUUGACGGGCUACGAAAACUGGUCCGUGGGUGUUGAACUGGCUCUGGCGUUUAAUUUAGCACUCGUGAUGGCUUUAACGAUUUACAUGAUGUGCACUAAAAAGAGUUUCAGUUCUUCUUGUUUUUUAAACUGUUGUAGCGGCAGCAACGAACGAGAAACGAACCACGACUACGAUCUGUUGACACAAACAAGCGCAAAUCUUCCUCCACCUAUUGGCGCCGAAAAAUCAGUUUAAAGAGUAAAAAAUUCUUCUUCUAAAGCCAACAUUGUUUAGAAGAUAAAAUGUCAGUUUUUAAUAUUUAUAAAAUGUAGAUUAUAUUUGUAAAAAGGUUCUAUAAAUAUUUGAAUAAGCGGUUUGCCAGAUUCUGUAAUAAAUUACGUUCUAACG